UCCCGGCGUGCCCCUGGGCGGCCCGGAGUGGAGGGUUCUAGAAGGCGUGACGUGAGGUCAAGAGCGGGCUCAGAGGUGGGCGCCUCAGCAGUCGCUGUGGCCGCCGCUGCCUGGCCUGGGGACGUGGGAGGCCGGGGACGCGGGCGCAAACUCCUCGUUUCCCCGGCCAUGGCCGCGCUCGGCCGGCCCUUCAGCGGCCUCCCCCUGAGCGGAGGCUCGGACUUACUGCAGCCGCCGCCGGCCUUACCCGGUCGGGCCUUCCCGCCGGGGACGGGCGGCGCCGAGCUGGCCCCGCGGCUGGAAGCCCGCUCCGCCCAGAGCAGCCCCGACGGGAGCGCGGCUCGCGGACGUGUUUCAGUUUCCUGUAAAAAGAAACACAAGCUAGAGCAGGAGGAUGAUGAUUGUCCAGUAAGAAAGAAAAGGCUAACUGAAGCAGGGCUCUGUGCUGGUCCUAAUGACUGGAUUCUUUGUGCACAUCAGGAUAUAGAGGGUCAUGGAGUAAAUCCAUGCACUAGUGGCCUUUCUGCACCUGGCAUGUUAGAUGUUAUUUGUGAAGAAAUGGAUCAGACAACUGGAGAACCGCAGUUUGAAGUUGCCAGGAGAAGGCUUCAGGAAAUUGAGGACAGGAUAAUUGACGAAGAUGAAGAAGUUGAAGCUGACAGAAAUAUUAACCAUCUCCCCAGUCUUAUCCUUUCUGACACCAUGAAAACAGGUUUGAAGAGGGAAUUUGAUGAAGUCUUUACGAAGAAAAUGAUUGAAUCCAUGAGCCGUCCUUCCAUGGAGCUUGUGCUCUGGAAACCUCUCCCUGAACUCCUUUCUGAUAAGCCAAAGCCGUCAUCUAAUGCUAAGAACUACACAGGAGAGAGCCAAACUAAGCAUACCACUGCUGGCACUGCCUUCCCUAGCAGAACUGAACUGUUCUUGGAACCUCGGCGAACAGGGAUGCCUAUUUACACUAGUUUGGAGACAGCUGCUUGCACAGAAGAGGAGAUGGAACUCUAGAAACUUGUUUCUAUACUAAAGUUGUCAAAUUUUAGAAGGCUCAUGUUUGGUCGUGAGCCUACGUAUAUAGUAUAGGGACUUGUAAGUUUUAUGAAACGGGUGUAAUAAUAAUAUCUCCACCUGUGAUUUGGGGUGGGACUCUCAUUUUGGGUAGCCAUUUCUUGAAUUCAUCUUUUUGCCAAGGAAGCUUGUCUCAAGGGAAAGCUGUUUUCUAGAGGGAUUAUUAAUGUGAGGUGACAGUCUGCAAAGGCAAGUAUAGAAGCUUUAUGUAUAAGGGUGACUUAAGUCAUCUGUUACAUUGUCUAAACCAUUCAUAUACUUGGAGAAUACUCAGACACUUGAAUUGGAAAAGAUGUAUUAAGAAAGGAUACUCCUACUGCAACUGUACCCUGAGUCACAACUUCAUCUGUAAAUAUGAGCUCUGUUUACAGUGGUGACUAUUUACGAUUGGGGAGAAGGAGGGAAGAAAGCAGUAGCUUAAGCCUAUUCCUAAGAAAUUUAAUAGAGGCUCUGAAACUUGGAUGUUAGUUGUCAAUUCAAUGUAGCUAUGUAGCAUUGUGGCUCACCUCUUUGCCUCUAAUGUGAUGAAAAUACAAAGAAAAUGCAAAAAAGGUUUUUCCUUUGAGGCUUUUUUGCCUUGUGCUACUGUUGCUCCUUGGUUUCCCUUGCAUAUGAGUAAUUGAUAAGCCCAGUUAUUCAGUAAUGUUUACAACUUAAUUAACUUUGAUAAUUUAAAAGAUUUAAAAGAGGUAACCCAUGUGCAAAUUGGCUAUGGGAGAAGCAUCCCUUAGGUCAUCCCAAGGAAGUGGUGUGUCAGCUAAGCCCAGUGGUGAUAACUUCUGUAGUUACAAGGUUGUACCUGUAUUAGCAAGUUGAGUUUUUAAUGUUAGUUUAGGAAACAAUGACUGAAUAAUUAACUGAGAACACAUGGGCAGAUGUCGAGAUUGACUGAAAUAGCCAAUUUGCCUGGUGCUUCUACUAUUGUGCAGUAGCCUAAAAGUUAGUAGAGGAUAGCUUCCUGCUAGCAGGAAAUCAUCUUGAGGACCUAAACCGGCUCAAGGUGUCCUUUGGGGUAACCAGGAUUGAAGGUUUUAUUUCUCAGGAAGAAUUCUUCUGUGUGGCAAGGACUCAGUAGUGCAAAGUAAAAUGACAAUUUCUUUAGUGCUACAGAAUAUUCACUAUAACUUAUUAAAUGAGUGUAAUAGUGUAUACUGGCCUUUUCAUCACAACAGGAUACCACCCCAGUUCUUUUUGUUUUCGGGUUUUUUCCACCUUUGUAGGACUCUGGUAUUUUGUGUAGGAAAAAAACCAGUGGUUUAUGCCACAGAGGUAACUUUAGAAACCAGCUCCCAGGCAUUUUUGAAACCCAUCCCCAUUACAAAUGGCGUAGAAGUCACAAGUCUGUUAAUUAGACUGUUUCUUCUCUUGCAUUUUGUUCCUGCUUUCUCUAUUUCUGUCUGGAUAGUCAGGCAAAGAUUUAAUGUUUAAUAUUUAAACAAAAUAUUUAAUAUCUACACAGUAAAAUUAUUCAAACUUCAAACCAGUAUUGAAACCAGUUGGAAACCAGCUAAUAGUUUCUUAAUCUCAGAUUUAGAGAUGAAUGUAAACUGUAUUCUGUUGAAAUCUGCAAGUGUUUGAUUCAUGCCAUUUGAAAAGCUCCUGCCUUUAGAUCAUUUUUAAUGGGACCAACUUGCGAAGUUUGUAGCCUUAAAGAAAUCUCCGUGCUAAAAUAUUUGUUCUAGUACAACUUAAAAACAUGAAGUGACUGCCCAGAAUUUGGAAUUAGUCCCAGUGUUAGGGUGAAACGGGAGGUGACAGCUUUCCCAAGAAGGACCCAAACACACUGAUUGUCUUCUAUAGGAAUUGUUGGGCAGGCUUCUGAUUAAAGGUCUGUACAAUGAAAAGGAGGAAAGAUUUCCACCACUACCCGCCCCCCCCAACAAGGCUCUGAUACCAUUGGUAAAUAUAGGAGACAAUUAAGAUUCUGUUAAUUAAAAUCCAAACAACUUGUUUCAGGAGUCAUGACAAUUAUUCUGCAGGAAAAUGGAUGUUUAAGGCUCCUUUUUAAACUUCUUGCAUAUGUUUGUGUACAAACUGUCUUCAUCCUUGUGGUGCUUAUUCAUAUGAGCCGACUCCACAGUCCCCAUGCCUCUGCUUUGUUUUUUUCUUUUGUAGCAUAAGGGUUUUGCUUUUGCCUUAAGGUUUUCCUAGAGGAAUAACAGGUCUUUUCAUUUUGUACAGCUUUUGCAGCAUGGAUCAAACAUUGGCUUUCUAUACAGAUGUGUGAAAAGAAAAAAUUAUCUAAAGCAGGUGAGCUUUAAUGAACAAAUGUAUAUUUUCUCUGAGUUUGAGUAGGGUGUGUUUGGGGUUUUUUUUGCGUUUUGUUUUUUUUAUUAAAAUAAAGUCAGUCCAGUUCUCACAAAUAUUAGUCAAAUUAAAAAAAAUGACUCAUUCUUGAAAAGGUGCAAAUGUAAAAUUUAGAAAAAUAACAAACCAUGAGAAGAAUGUUUACCAAUAAGUUCAGUAAUGAUUUUGGAUCUGGAACUUGGUUUUCUUUUUUAAUAGUGAUAAGAACAGUGCAGUACUAGGAAAGUUCUGGGAAAAACUGUCAAUUUUACUAAAUGAGAAUCUGGUGUUUCUGUAUUUUAUUGUUUUCAAUUAAACUUCAUAAGUGUUUUGGACUUUUUGA